AUGAAAAAUCAUCUUUUACUCGCCAUUUUGUUAUUUAAAUCCGCAAACGGAGAUGAAAAUGAGUCUUCAAGCACUAACAAAGAAGUCCAGAUACGACAGAAAUUCGACCAUUACUUCCCGGACGAUUUCUUACAUGGAGUAAGGGUGAAGUCAAGAAAUGCUUUGCUGAGGAAUGGUGCAUCCAAACGACAAGAUCUGAGACACGAGGAAUAUCAAUCUUCUUCGAAGUGGGAGAUCCUUCUUCCUGAAUUUCUGAGCAACCAGAAGGAAAAAAGAAAACCACCCCGGAGGCCGAAUUCGGGCAGGUUGGGCAGAAUAAGGCGGAGUGGAAAAUUCGGAGAUGAAUUUCUUCAGUUUCUUUGGAUGGAGAAUAGAGGAUGGACUCGUCGAAAUUGA